UGUGCGGUUUAAUCUCUUUCAGGUUAGUCUGAAUGACUCCCACAAUCAGAUGGUGGUGCACUGGGCCGGAGAGAAGAGCGAUGUCAUUGUGGCCUUAGCCCGGGACAGCCUGGCGCUGGCGAGGCCCAGGAGCAGUGAUGUGUACGUGUCUUACGACUAUGGAAGAUCAUUCAAGAAAAUCUCCGAGAAGUUAAACUAUGGCGUGGGAAACAGCAGUGAGGCUGUGGUCGCCCAGUUCUACCACAGCCCUGCGGACAACAAGCGUUACAUCUUUGCAGAUGCUUAUGCCCAGUACCUCUGGACCACAUAUGACUUCUGCAACACCAUCCAAGGCUUCUCCAUCCCUUUCCGGGCAGCCGACCUCCUCCUGCAUAGUAAGGCCUCCAACCUUCUCCUGGGCUUUGACAGGUCUCACCCCAACAAGCAGCUAUGGAAGUCGGACGACUUUGGCCAGACCUGGAUCAUGAUUCAGGAGCAUGUCAAGUCCUUCUCUUGGGGAAUCGAUCCGUACGAUCAACCCAACACCAUCUACGUGGAACGGCAUGAGCCCUCUGGCUACUCGACAGUUUUCCGAAGUACAGACUUCUUCCAGUCCCGGGAGAACCUGGAGGUCGUCCUGGAGGAAGUGAGGGACUUCCAGCUCCGGGACAAGUACAUGUUUGCCACAAAGGCGGUGCAUCUCUUCGGGAGUCCGCAACCAUCUUCUGUUCAGCUCUGGGUCUCCUUUGGCCGGAAGCCCAUGAGAGCAGCCCAGUUUGUCACAAGACAUCCUAUUAAUGAAUAUUACAUCGCAGACGCCUCCGAGGACCAGGUGUUUGUGUGUGUCAGUCAUAGUAACAACCGCACCAACCUGUACAUCUCGGAGGCAGAGGGGCUGAAGUUCUCCCUGUCCUUGGAGAAUGUCCUGUACUACAGCCCAGGAGGGGCGGGCAGUGACACCCUGGUGAGGUAUUUUGUGAAUGAACCAUUUGCCGACUUUCACCGCGUGGAGGGGUUGCAGGGGGUGUACAUUGCUACUCUGAUUAACGGCUCCAUGAGCGAGGAGAACAUGAGAUCCGUCAUCACCUUUGACAAAGGGGGAACCUGGGAAUUCCUUCAGGCCCCAGCCUUCACGGGAUACGGAGAGAAAAUCAACUGUGAGCUCUCUCAGGGCUGCUCCCUCCACCUGGCCCAGCGGCUCAGCCAGCUGCUCAGCCUCCAGCUGCGGCGGAUGCCCAUCCUGUCCAAGGAGUCGGCGCCCGGUCUCAUCAUCGCCACGGGUUCGGUGGGAAAGAACUUGGCAAGCAAGACGAACGUGUACGUCUCUAGCAGUGCAGGAGCCCGAUGGCGAGAGGCCCUCCCUGGACCUCACUACUACACGUGGGGAGAUCAUGGAGGCAUCGUCAUGGCAAUAGCCCAAGGCAUGGAGACCAACGAGCUGAAGUACAGCACCAACGAAGGGGAGACGUGGAAGACGUUCGUCUUCUCCGAGAGGCCGGUGUUCGUGUACGGGCUCCUCACGGAGCCUGGCGAGAAGAGCACUGUCUUCACCAUCUUUGGCUCCAACAAAGAGAACGUCCACAGCUGGCUGAUCCUCCAGGUCAACGCCACGAAUGCCUUGGGGGUCCCCUGCACCGAGAACGACUACAAGCUGUGGUCCCCGUCUGACGAGCGGGGCAAUGAGUGUCUGCUGGGACACAAGACUGUCUUCAAACGGAGGACGCCCCACGCAACGUGCUUUAACGGGGAGGACUUCGACAGGCCGGUGGUCGUGUCCAACUGCUCCUGCACCCGAGAGGACUAUGAAUGUGACUUCGGCUUCAAGAUGAGUGAAGAUUUAUCAUUAGAGGUUUGUGUUCCGGAUCCUGAGUUUUCUGGGAAGUCAUACUCCCCUCCCGUGCCUUGUCCUGUGGGUUCUACUUACAGGAGAACCAGAGGCUAUCGGAAGAUUUCUGGGGACACUUGCAGUGGAGGAGAUGUGGAAGUGCGCCUGGAGGGAGAGCUGGUGCCGUGUCCCUUGGCAGAGGAGAACGAGUUCAUGCUGUAUGCCAUGCGCAAGUCCAUCCACCGCUACGACCUGGCUUCGGGAGUCAGCGAGGAGCUGCCUGUCACCGGGCUGCGGGCUGCCGUGGCCCUGGACUUUGACUACGAGCGCAACUGCUUGUACUGGUCCGACCUGGCCUUGGACAUCAUCCAGCGCCUCUGCUUGAACGGGAGCACGGGGCAAGAGGUGAUCAUCAGUUCUGGCCUGGAGACAGUAGAAGCCUUGGCUUUUGAGCCCCUCAGCCAGUUACUUUACUGGGUGGAUUCUGGCUUCAAAAAGAUUGAGGUAGGGAAUCCAGAUGGCGACUUCCGACUCACCAUCGUCAACUCCUCUGUGCUCGAUCGGCCCAGGGCUCUGGUCCUCGUGCCCCAGGAUGGGGUGAUGUUCUGGACCGACUGGGGAGACCUGCAGCCGGGCAUCUACCGGAGCAACAUGGAUGGCUCUGAUGCCUACCGCCUUGUGUCGGAGGAUGUGAAGUGGCCCAACGGCAUCUCCGUGGAUGACCGGUGGAUCUACUGGACGGACGCCUACCUGGACUGCAUCGAGCGGAUCACUUUCGGCGGCCAGCAGCGCUCCAUUAUCCUGGACAACCUCCCACACCCCUACGCCAUCGCUGUCUUUAAGAACGAAAUCUACUGGGAUGACUGGUCACAGCUCAGCAUAUUUCGAGCUUCCAAACAUAGCGGGUCCGAGAUGGCGAUUCUGGCAAGCCGGCUCACGGGGCCCAUGGACCUGAAGAUUUUCUACAGGGGGAAGACAACCGGGAGCAACGCCUGUGUGUCCAGGCCGUGCAGCCUGCUGUGCCUGCCCAAGGCCAACAACAGCAGAAGCUGCAGGUGUCCAGAGGGCGUGUCCGGGAGCAUCCUCCCAUCCGGGGACCUGCUGUGCGAGUGCCCUCCAGGCUAUCAGCUGAGGAACCACACAUGUGUCAAGGAAGGGAGCACCUGUCUCCGUAACCAGUACCGGUGCAGCAACGGGAACUGCAUCAACAGCAUCUGGUGGUGCGACUUUGACAACGACUGCGGGGACAUGAGUGACGAGAGGAACUGCCCUACUACUGUCUGCGAUCUGGAUACCCAGUUCCGCUGCCAGGAGUCUGGGACCUGCAUCCCGCUCUCCUACAAGUGUGACCUCGAGGAUGACUGUGGCGACAACAGCGAUGAGAGUCACUGUGAAAUGCACCAGUGCCGGAGCGAUGAAUACAGUUGCAGCUCUGGCAUGUGCAUCCGCUCCUCCUGGGUGUGUGACGGGGACAACGACUGCAGGGACUGGUCUGACGAAGCCAACUGUACUGCCAUCUACCACACCUGUGAGGCCUCCAACUUCCAGUGUCACAACGGGCACUGCAUCCCCCAGCGGUGGGCGUGUGACGGUGACAUGGAUUGCCAGGAUGGUUCUGACGAGGACCCAGUCAACUGUGAGAAGAAGUGCAAUGGAUUCCGCUGCCCGAAUGGCACCUGCAUCCCGUCCAGCAAACACUGCGACGGUCUGCACGACUGCUCCGACGGCUCCGACGAGCAGCACUGCGAGCCCCUCUGCACUCGCUUCAUGGACUUCGUGUGUAAGAACCGCCAGCAGUGCCUGUUCCACUCCAUGGUGUGUGACGGCAUCGUCCAGUGCCGCGACGGCUCAGAUGAGGAUGUGGCAUUCGCUGGCUGCUCCCAAGGCCCCGAGUUCCACACGGUGUGUGAUGAGUUCAGUUUCCAGUGUCAGAACGGAGUGUGCAUCAGUUUGAUCUGGAAGUGCGACGGGAUGGACGACUGUGGCGAUGACUCUGAUGAGGCCAGCUGUGAAAACCCCACGGAGGCCCCAAACUGCUCCCACUACUUCCAGUUCCAGUGUGAGAAUGGCCGCUGCAUCCCCAGCAGGUGGAAGUGUGACCGGGAGGACGACUGCGGGGACUGGUCUGACGAGGAGGACUGCGGAGAUUCACAUAUCCUUCCCUCCCCUACGCCCGGGCCCUCCACGUGUCUGCCCAAUUACUUCCGCUGCAGCAGCGGGGCCUGUGUGAUGGACAGCUGGGUGUGCGACGGGUACCGAGACUGCGCAGACGGCUCAGACGAGGAAGCCUGCCCCUCCCCCGCCAAUGUCACUGCUGCCUCCACGCCCACCCAGCUGGGGCGGUGUGACCGGUUUGAGUUCGAGUGCCGCCAGCCGAAGAAGUGUAUCCCCAACUGGAGGCGCUGCGACGGCCACCGGGACUGCCAGGACGGCCAGGACGAGGCCAACUGUCCCACGCGCGGCACCCUGAUCUGCACGAGCCAGGAGUUCGGGUGUGAGGACGGCGAGGCCUGCAUCGUGCUGUCCGAGCGCUGCGACGGCUUCCUGGACUGUUCGGACGAGAGUGACGAGCGGGCCUGCAGCGAUGAAUUAAAUGUAUACAAGAUACAGAAUCUUCAGUGGACAGCUGACUUCUCUGGGGAUGUCACUUUGACCUGGACACGGCCGAAGAAGAUGCCCACUGCUUCCUGCGUGUACGUCGUCUACUACAGGGUGGUUGGAGAGAGCAUGUGGAAGAUGCUGGAGACCCACAGCAAUAAAACGAACACUGUAUUGAAAGUCCUGAAGCCGGACACCACGUACCAGGUUAAAGUCCAAGUCCAGUGUCUGAGCAAGAUGCACAGCACCAACGACUUUGUGACUCUGAGGACUCCAGAAGGAUUGCCAGACGCCCCUCAAAACCUCCAGCUGUCACUCCACCGGGAAGCGGAAGGUGUGAUUGUGGGCCACUGGGCUCCUCCCGCCCACACCCACGGCCUCAUUCGCGAGUACAUUGUAGAAUAUAGCAGAAGUGGUUCCAAGAUGUGGGCCUCCCAGAGGGUGGAGAGCAACUUUACGGAAAUAAGGAACCUGCUGGUGAAUGCUCAGUACACCGUAAGAGUGGCUGCGGUGACGAGCCGUGGAAUAGGCAACUGGAGCGAUUCUAAAUCCAUCACCACCAUAAAAGGACAAGUGAUUCCACCGCCGAACAUUCGUAUUGACAGCUAUGGCGAAAAUUCUCUCAGCUUUACCCUGACCAUGGAUAGUGACAUCAAGGUGAAUGGCUAUGUGGUGAACCUCUUCUGGGCAUUCGAUGCCCAUAAACAGGAGAAGAAAACGAUGACCUUCCACGGGAGUGUACUGUCACACAAAGUCGGCAACCUGACAGCUCAUACACCCUACGAGAUUUCUGCUUGGGCCAAGACCGACCUGGGGGAUAGCCCUUUGGCAUUCCAGCAUGUCACCACCAGAGGGGUCCGCCCACCCGCCCCAAGCCUCAAAGCCAAGGCCAUCAAUCAGACGGCGGUGGAAUGCACCUGGACUGGCCCCAGGAAUGUGGUUUACGGUAUUUUCUAUGCCACGUCCUUUCUUGACCUCUACCGCAACCCCACAAGCUUGACUACUUCACAGCACAACAAAACAGUCCUUGUCAGUAGGGAUGAGCAGUAUUUGUUUCUGGUGCGGGUGGUGGUGCCCUACCAGGGGCCGUCCUCUGACUACGUUGUGGUGAGGAUGGUCCCCGACAGCAGGCUUCCUCCCCGUCACCUGCACGUGGUUCAUACAGGCAAAACCUCCGCUGUCAUCAAGUGGGAAUCCCCGUACGACUCUCCUGACCAGGACCUGUUAUAUGCCAUUGCAGUUAAAGAUCUGAUAAGGAAGAGUGACAGGAGCUACAAAGUAAAAUCCCGCAACAGUACAGUGGAAUACACCCUGAACAAGUUGGAACCUGGAGGGAAAUACCACGUCAUUGUCCAGCUGGGGAACAUGAGCAAGGAUUCCAGUAUAAAAAUUACCACAGUUUCAUUAUCAGCACCUGAUGCCUUAAAAAUCAUAACAGAAAAUGACCAUGUUCUCCUGUUUUGGAAGAGCCUUGCUUUGAAGGAAAAGAACUUUAAUGAGAGCAGGUUACCGUAUUUGCAUGCACGAGGCCUGCACUCCGUCCGCUGGAGGCAAGGGCUCCGGGAAACAUUCGGGCGUCGCGUGCAGGAACGUGCCACCCCCGGCAGGAGAUCUGGGUGGCGGUCGCUUAGCUUUUUUGGUGGGUGGGGUGUUGCGGGGUGGCCCUUUCGUAGGAGGCUUACGGGCUGGCCUCGUGCCUCCGCAGGUGGGGACACGUCAGCGAUCCAGGCUGCCAGGUCUACCGACGUGGCUGCCGUGGUGGUGCCCGUCUUGUUCCUGAUCCUGCUGAGCCUGGGCGUCGGGUUUGCCAUCCUGUACACAAAGCACCGGCGGCUGCAGAAUAGCUUCACGGCGUUCGCCAACAGCCACUACAGCUCCAGGCUGGGCUCGGCCAUCUUCUCCUCCGGGGAUGACCUGGGGGAGGACGAUGAAGAUGCUCCAAUGAUAACUGGAUUUUCCGACGACGUCCCCAUGGUGAUAGCCUGAAGAGGCUUUCCUCACUAGAAACCAAAUGGUGUAAAUAUUUUAUUUGAUAAAGAUAGUUGAUGGUUUAUUUUAAAAGAUGCACUUUGAGUUGCAACAUGUUAUUUUUAUAUGGGCCAAAAAGAAAACAAAACAGAACAAAAAAAAGGAAAGAAAAGAAUGAAUAAACUUUGUUGGAAUCAACUGUGAACUUCAAACCAGGUUGAUUUUAGUAACCAAACUGCUUUGAUUUGAUAUUAGUGUCGUCUUCCAGGGCUGUGCUUACUGGGCAUGCUUUUAAGUCUGUGAGAUAAUUUUGGUUCAAUAAAUUGGUCAUUCUUUUUAUUUUUCUAAAACACAGAAAUGUGUUUAAUAAAAACAUCAAGAGAGAGUGACGGGCAGAACCGCUGCUCCUUGAAAGUAUGCUCAAGUCUAAAGCUUUGUUUGCAUUUAGUUGCUGUGAAAGUGUUUGGGUGAGUGAUGGGGGCAAGGUUCUUCUAUGUUAUUUUGUUAAUUUAUUGGGACUCUGUAUAGGGCAAGGCUUUAGUGAUCAUCUGACACCGCACGUGUUAUGAGCCCCUCGCCUGCAAGGCUUGGGGGGCGAGGAACAGAAGCUGUUUUGUCACCAUUGCAGAUACAAUCCCUUUUUAUUCACCCGUGUGUCACCCAGUGGUAUUUGGCAGGAGAGCAUAGUGAGUCAUUGCUCCGUUUCAAUUAAACAAGAGUUGCAGCCUGAGAAGCCCUGCAAGCAACAGCUUCCUCUCUUACAUGAAUCGAUGGACACUUGCUGGACACGCCUCUGUACAAGAUGUAGCUUUCCAAGCUGCAACAUGAUAACACUGCUUUAUUGUACACUGGUGUCAUUGUCGUUGCAGAAAUUCGCUCUGGUUGUGGGAGAGAGUUCUAGAUCUGUGCCAUGAUAGCUACACUGGCAGAUAUGGUACCUAGUUUUUUCCUUUUCUGAUUGUUUGAUUUGUUGUUUUUGUUGUUGUUUGUUCUUACCACUGAAGAAUCUCGAAUGUAAAGUUUUGUAUUUGUGUUGAGGUGGCCUCUUACUGUCCUUAAAAACCCAUCCUGAUAUAUGCAGUCAUUGUGAAUUGGGUCAGUGCCUUCCUUGCUUCUUUCUUCUCUUCUUUCACCUCCCUUGCCUGGACCCCAUCCCCCGAGCCCCCGCCCAAUUUAAAGAGAAAGCACUGUUUACUCUUAACAGAGAUGCAGGAGAUGCCCGAGUUUGAGACCCUUCAGCCCAGCCCACAGCGGACACUACAGAGUUCAUGUUCUCUGUCAAAUCAGCUGGGCUGUCUCCCUCUGCCUUUCAGUGCCUCCCCUGUAUUCAAGCAGUGGCCACUUGGUAGGUAUGUGGAAUCCGCUGGAGACUGAUGCCCACGCUUUAGAGCUAGUGUUGGAAGCACCGGCGCCUAGCAUUGGUGUGACGCCUACUGUAUGCACCCCAGCUGAGAAGCAGUGAGCUCGGGGCGGGGGGGAAAGUCAUGCUUCUGCGUGUGUGUCCUUCAUCCGCAAGCUUCGUCACAACCCCAUCUCCUCUUAGAUGUACUGCAUCCCCUUCACGAAGUAUUUGCUUUCUUUUCACCAAAAGUAUCAUUCUUGGGUGAUAAUAUAGUUUUGUUCUACCUAGGGAGUGUUUGGGAAACAAAGAGCUGAUUAAAUUUUUUUAAGUUUAAAAAUUUUAUUUGUGUAUAUAUGUAUAUUUUGAUGGCGGAGUGUUUUCACUUGUACACGUUCAGGAUGUCGUGUGGGUGAGGCUCCGUAUCAUUUCAACAAGAGGUUGUAAAAAUAAUGAGCCUCCCUUCCAGCAUGUUUUUUCUUCUUUCCUCUCUCUCUCCUGUGUUAUCUUUUUAAAGACUGGAGUUUCGUUGGCUUUAUCUUGUCUUACUUUGGAGUUUUCCGCAAAACUUCAGGCCCCACCACGUCCCCUUUAAUAAGCACUUUAAGUAACUGAAAGGUUAACGAUCUGGUGGGAGGCAAGUCAUUUAAUCGAACAACUAGAAAGUGUUUUUUCUUCCUUUCUUUUUUCUGCCAACUUUUUGGUGGCAUUUGUGAAAGCUGAUAUAAAAGGCUCUGAGACUUUAUAUUCAUUUUUCCCACAGGCAAGCCUUUGUACAGAGCAUAUGUCUCCAGUUGGCAACUUGAGCUAUUUCUGAGCAUCCAGUUCUCACUCCCAGUGCCUCCCAAUGCUUAGUGCACCGUACUGUACACACUGGCCAUCACCCCUCUCCUUGGAAAAUGCCACUGGGCUGUUUGAGGAAAAGCAGCCUUUUAGGGCUAGAGUAUUUUAUAUAAACAGAAGAGCUAAGUUCCUGAAUAGAUGCAGCUAUGUGUAAAUUGUAUAUUUUUAUGAACUCUUGAAGCAUGCACUCUACUCCCCUCUGCGCAGCGCUGUGAGGUUUGGAUGUAUAUGUAUAUGCCGUCUGCAAGAGUCCAGAGGUUGGAGUGACCAUAGAGAAUGAGAAGAAAAACUGCAUGGAGCCUUUGCAGGUGACCAGAUCAUUGUCUUCACUGUGACCAAUUGGAGCCCCUGGUUGUUUAAGGAAGAAGGAAGGGGCUUUUGUACCUCGUUGGAGGUGCUACCUCCAAAGUUCACACUGUACAGGGAAAAGGUUUUAUUUCCUCCCAGGAUGCACUAGAAUGUCAGAAGCCCACGUUCGUGCGCCCGUGAUGGACCACGAGUGGGCAGCGACAGUUUGGUGGGCAGGGGGAUUGUGUACAGAUUUUCUCUGGAAGCGGGUUUGCCCCUUUAUGUAUUGAAUGCCCUUCAAGCCUUAUGAGAUGUGGGUCCACGUGGGUAAAAUGACAGAGUAGAAUUCUGCAGAGGAGUCCGGGAGAGGCCACACCUACACAGACCCUUUUCCAGACAGGUGGGGAGUGUCGGUGACUGCUGGCUGCCCUGGCAGGCUGGGUGGAUCAUUGCAAGGCUGAAUAACUGGUUGGCACUUGUGACUUUGGGAAGAGGGGUUUCUCAGGUUCCAUCCCCGGUCGUGUCACUGGGGGUGUUUGGAUGGGACAGGUGUGAGACACAAGCUGUGUGUUCUCUCUGCCCAUCGUGUGUGAUGCACUAGAUUAGCUCUACUUCAGCAAUUUUAGGAACGUACCCCUUCCCAAACCCGUGGACAUUUGCUGGGGGGCAGGCACUGAAGACUCCACCCAGCGGUCGCUCUCCAUCUAGUGAGAUCCUCCUGUCCGGUUUGGUUGGUCACUUUCCCACUAAGGACAUCGUGGUGAACCCCUGAGAUGUUUGUCUUCCUUCGGCAGAGAGUCGGGAGGUCCCUCAGAGAAGGGAUUCAGGGAUAUCAGCAAACAGAACACCCAUCUCCAUAUUGAUUUUAGGAACUGACUCUAAAACUCUGUGCAGGAUCUUCACUCAUGUUGGGGCUGUAUCGACAUUCCUAUUGGAUUAUUUUUCUUAAAGGAAGUGUGUGCUGCCUUUCAGGUACAAUUUUUGUGUAAUAAAAGCCAGUGCAUUAAGUUUAUAUAGACUACUUUCUAUGCAAGACUGAGAGAUGGAAAUGGAACAGAUGGCAAGAGGUUACGUGUACUGUUGGGUACACGGACAAUAAGCAUGUUUUCAGAAGGGGUACCACCAGCGAACAUGGGUCAAGGGAGGACAGGAUGUAGAUAUGUUUCUGCCCACUCAUUCUGAGCAGCCAUGUUUAUGAAUUAAAUCAUCAGAGCCAAGUAACCCAAGAGUGAUAUUAGUCUCAUGUGUAGUAGCUCAAAUGGGUCAAGUCUGAAGGCUGAAGAGGAACAUUAUUCUCAGAGAUUCCAUGUCAUUUCUCAUUGAAAGACUUGUUAUGAAUUAUUAGAAACUUUAGGCAAAAUCAAAGGCAUUUGCAGCAAAAUAAAGGCCUACUCUGCUCUUAUUUGAAGUGAAACACUGUAUCCUUGUUUCUCUCCAAAGUGAAAUUAGAUGUUUAUGAUUUCAGCUGCCUUGAUAAGUUUCCAAAUCACUUGAUUGAUGCUGAAGAUUUUACUGUUAUUGUCACACAGUUUUAAGAUCACUUUUGUCUCAAUGUCAACUUUUUUCACUGAAUAAAAACCUAACUGGGUCAAGAAAACACCUAUUUGAAAAUCCA